AUGGCUGCGAACGGAGCCAGCUCGCCAACUGUGCAGGUCCUGCAGGUCCCGCGCAGCACCGUGCAGGAUGGAAGGCUGAAGCAAUCAGAUCUCUCACUGCUAGACGUAUGUCAGACGGGUGAAGUUUACGCAGCGAAGUCUGAUGGAGCUGCUUCGGAGCGGCACAUCAAAACAUCGCCCAAUUCGCUUUCUUCGUCGUCGAGGCAGAACUUGGAACUCAUCAUCCAGAACCAGGUAGAGACUAUGCAACAGACAAUGCGAACGCUGAGGUUGCAGCAUGAGACGCUUGUUCAGGUGCUGAAGGACGUGGCGCCAUCUGGCCUGUUGACAAAGGUGUCUAGCAUCCCUGGGCACGGCGACUUUACACGCAGAGUGAGUGCUGAUUCUGCUCGGUCAUCUCGCCCACUGCACUCCUACACCUUUCCCACUAGCUCGAAUCGAAAGCACUCUCUGGCUAGCUAUUCUUUCCACGAGCGGCACCUAAAGGACGAGGCCAAUAAGAUCCACACCGAAGUUCGCAGGCAAUCAGAAGCUUCAUCAGCCGAAGCCGAACCACCAAAAAGCUACUUGCGGCGCGUGGUGGAUCAUCAGAUGUUUGAUACGUUCUUUGCGCUGGUGGUUCUGACCAACUCCGUCUUCAUCGGUGUCGAGGUGGAGCUCGGUCUCUCCGGGGUACCGCGUCCGACGGUGAUACAGGCUUUUCAGUACACUUACACCAUUCUGUUCACAAUCGAGCUGCUCAUUCGGGCAGCAGCCUAUGGACGGCAGUUCUUUUGCUCACGGGACUGGGCGUGGAGCCUCUUGGAUGCUUUCAUCGUGUCGACUUCCCUUUACGAGAUGGUUCUCGAGCUCUUGCAAGGGAGCAAUGACAGCUCCGGGGUGUCCGGCCUACGUGCUUUGCGCAUCAUCCGCCUUACCCGAAUUUUGAAGACGGCCCAGCUCAUCCGAAUUUUUCGCUUUGUUCUCGCAUUGCGCACAUUGGUACGGUCCAUUGUGCACACGCUCAAAGCACUAUUUUGGGCCUUGUUGCUGCUGACAGUGAUCAUUUACUGCUUUGCCGUACUCUUUUCACAAUCGGUUCAUGCAUAUCUGGAUGAUAUGGGCGACAGAGUAGAUCAGGACGUCCUGGAGGCAAGCAGAAAGUUCUUUGAGACUCUUCCGGUCACCAUGCUGAGCCUAUUUAUGUCUAUUUCCGGUGGUGUCAGCUGGCACGAAGUGCUCGCGCCGCUGCGGAGCAUUUCACUUUUCUUGCUCUUGGCGUACAUCUUCUUCGUGUCGUUUACGUACUUUGCUGUGCUAAACGUGGUUACGGGUGUCUUUUGCCAGUCUGCCAUAGAGUCCGCUCAGAACGACCACUUGAUCUUGUCACAGAAAAUGCUGGAGAACAAGGAGACGCACAUCGAGAAGCUGCGCUCGAUAUUCCAGCAGAUGGGAGGCAGCAGCCAAGGGAGUGGUGUGUUGACUUUCGGGAUGUUUGAGGAGAAGCUCAAAGGCAACGAGGUGCGGGAAUAUUUCGAGACGAUGGGGAUUCACCCUUGGGAUGCCUGGUCUUUUUUUAAGUUACUGGAUGCUGACGGCGGCGGAUCCGUUGAGCUCGAGGAGUUCUUUCUCGGGUGCCUGCGCUUCCGCGGCCAGGCCCGAGCGAUGGAUGUCGGAUUGGUGCUUCAGGACCAGAAGUGGCAAAUCGAGAACCACGGCAAGUUCCAGCAGUACAUGCAAGAGGAGUUGGCAACCGUCAGAAACCAACUAUCAUUGCUCAUGCAGACCCACAUGGCCAGAACGAAGUCCGAGUAUGCACAUGCGUGGUCUGGCACAAGCGAUGGCCUAGAGCUGGAUGUGUUGGAAGCGAAGGCUGGCGAACACCUGGUAUGUUCCAUUGACUUUUUGAAAAGUCAGCACGAGGAACUCCUGGUACGGCUGAGCAACCAAGAUGACAUGCUGUCACGGCUUCUUGAGCGACCACUGCUUGCACUUCCACGAACUCGAACGGGCAUGUCCGAAAGAUCAAAGGCAUCGCGGGAAGGCAUUCUUGUUCGGCAUACUCCGAAGGAGGAAGAUCCGGCUGACCAGGAUAGCGACAUAGUGGACACGGCCGACUCUGUGUCCCCAAGCCAAACCGACAUGUCGUCAAUGCGGCCGAACAUUUUCGUCUCCUACACACAAACAGACUUGGAGCACAAGCAGCAGGCUUUACACGUGGGGUCGAACAGUGAGAGGAGACGGUUUGCAUCUCUUCGGAACUCCCGAGCCUUCCAAGGCAGCAGGAGGAGAUUCUGGAAGGCUUUGGUGCAGCAUCCGUCCUUCGAGGUGUUUUUCGGCAUGGUAGUGCUGACCAAUGCAGUUUUCAUUGGUGUUGAUGUGGAGCAGAGCCUCGGGUCCUCGUCAACACCGGUGGAGUUCCAAGUCUUGCAGUAUGCAUAUGCUUUUCUAUUCACUUUGGAGUUCGUUGCACGUUUGAUGGCCUUUGGGCUGAACCUUUUCCUGUCUGAUGAUGCGCUGUGGAGCUUGCUGGACGCCGUCGUCGUGAUUAGUUCACUUUGGGAUAUUGGUGUCGAAAUUGUUGCGGCUUCACAGGCGGUAAGCGAUGAUGCUGGCGGCUUUGCCGGGGUCUCCAGCCUCAAGGCCUUUCGCGUUGUGCGGAUCACAAGGAUUGUGAAGGCUAUCCGCCUGAUGAAGAUCUUCCGCUUUGUCAUGGCUCUACGUACGCUGGUCACAUCGAUCUUUCACACACUGAAGUCUUUGUUCUGGGCCCUGAUUCUCCUGGCUAUCAUCGUCUACUGUUUCGCGAUUCUCUUUGUUCAGGCGGUCAACGACUACCGGACUGACGUGGCGAAUCAUCCACUCAGUCAUGAGAUGGUCAGCGGGAGUGACCGGUUCUUCAAGAACCUGCCAGACACCAUGCUGAGCCUCUUUAUGAGCAUCGGUGGUGGUGUCAGCUGGGAAGAAGUUCUGGUCCCCCUGAGGGGCAUGUCCGCUAUUUGGGUCUGGUGCUUCCUUUUCUAUAUUUCUUUCACAUAUUUUGCUGUUUUGAAUGUCGUUACCGGCGUGUUCUGCCAGUCAGCAAUCGAGUCUGCCCAGAAUGACCAUACCACGGUGGUCCAGUCCAUUCUCGCGGACAAGCAAGCACACCUGCAAAAGAUCCGUGACCUUUUCGGCAAGCUUGGAGACCAAGACGGCGUCAUAACCUACACAAUGUUUGAAGAGAAGAUCAACUCGCCAGCCGUCCGAGAAUAUUUCGAGUCGUUAGGUUUAGAUGAGGAGGAGGAGGAGCAGGAGGAGCAGGAGGAGCAGGAGGAGCAGGAGGAGCAGGAGGAGCAGGAGGAGCAGGAGGAGGAGGAGGAUGCAGGAGGUGCUAUCGAGAUUGAGGAGUUUUUGAUGGGUUGCCUUCGCCUCCGAGGGCAAGCUCGUGCCAUGGAGCUGGCGAAAAUCAUUCAAGAUCAAUCUUGGCUCAUCAAGAAUCAGGGACUUCUCGGCGUCUAUGUUGAGUCAGAGAUCGGGCUCCUGUCGCGCGCGGACUGCCUUGCUUUCUACACUAGUCCGUUGAAUCUGGCAUGGGGCGAAAACCACUGGGACAACUGGUCCGAUAACUUGGACCAUUGCGUUGCGAGUCGGCGAACUGUCAGCAGUGGUCUGGCCCAACAGGGACGGGCGAACCAGUUCGAGAUCUCGGUUUUAUGCGUCUGGUUCGUGCAGUUCACGUGGCGCAAGAUAUGCUAUUGCACAAAAUGUGCAAAGAAGUUUCUGGGGUACACCAUGAUGCCGACUAUCCCCGACCCACCCAAAUGGGGUGAGCCGCCCACCUCCGGGCCGGCUCCGGCAAAAAUGUCCAAGGAGCAGAUGCAGAGGAUGCUCGACCCUGUGCAGCGUUUCUUGCUCCGGCCGGACCAGGUCUGCCAGCAGAUGUUCGUUGCGAUUGGUGCGACCACACGCGUAGAAGGACUGCUGCGCAACUCCUUCAAGACCUCGUUUCGCGUGCCUUCCGCCGGCAUGGCUCUUCCGACGAAGGGUGACCUCAUGCUCCAGGCCAUGCAGCAGGCAGCAGAUUUCCGAAAGACCGCAACGCAGCAGAAAGAGGCCGAAGUGGCAAAGGCCAAGGCGGGCUUGAAAGAAGCAGCGGCAGAUUUGAUGAAGCCGGCCCAGACCCAGCCGGCUUCUGCAGUGGAGCUGGGGUUGCUGCCACACUCCUCAGACUACAACCCGAAGGUCACCAUUGGUGCGAGCCUGCUCCGAAUGCAUCGUUAG